AUGAAGAAGAGAAGUUUCCUGGGCUUGAAUCCUGUGGAGACAGAGGUGAAGAUCGAGCCUUCCAUCAACCCUGUUGUUGUUGGGGGUGCUGUGACGCUGUCGCUGUCUCCUUCUGUGACUUUGACUAGUGGAACAUGGGCGGUGGGUAAAUCCCCCAUCCUCACCUGGCAGGAGGACCAGCAGGCAGUAUUCCCCAGUCACAGCGGCAGGGCGGUCGUGAAUGUCACCACGGGAGCGCUCACUGUGACCACUCUGACAGAGGAGGACUCAGGAGUCUACACGGUGCAGAGUCCUGACCCCCAGCUGAGGGCCAGCGCUUCCAUCACCAUCAUUGAACCCAUUUCAAAUGUGACACUGAGUGUGAAUCAAACCAACCUGACCGAGUUCAGGAGCUCAGCGUUCCUCGAGUGCUCCGUCUCUACUGGGACCUUCCUCUCAUUCCUCUGGAUGAACGGCAGCUCUGAGGUUACGACCAGCGACAGAGUUCAUCUCACGGAGGGAAACACCACGCUCAUCAUAGUCAGUGUGACCCGCCAUGACUCUGGACCGUUCAGGUGUUACGUGUUCAAUGAUGUCAGUGACGACUUAAGUGAACCAGUCAUCUUUACCCUCAGCUAUGGCCCAGAUAACAUGGCUCUCACCGUGAAUGGACUCAACAAGACAUCCUUUCCAGCGGGAUCCAAUCUGACCCUGCUCUGCACCGCAGACUCCAGCCCUCCAGCUCAGCUUCAGUGGGCUUCCAGAGGAAACCUCGUGAACAGGACGGACACAUUGUUGCAGCUCUUCAGUGUCACUGAGCACCAAAGUGGUUCCUAUUCCUGCCUGGCUUUUAACAAUCACACCAACACACACAAUAAUAUCACCAAACACAUCACAAUAUUAAAGUCGGGAUCUGACCAGGAGACAUUGAACGCGUCAUUAAUUCCUCUGCUGUUUGUAGCUGGAUUUCUUCUUUCACUGCUAGGAAAAAAAGAAGAAAAGAGAUCUAGGAGUCAACACUUUUAUGUUUACACAUUUUGGUUCCCACCUAAGAAGAAACAGAAGAGGAAGAUGAAGUCCCCGGUGGCGUUUGUUCUUAUCCUGACCGUGAUAACUUUUACAGAUCAUGUGUGUAGUCAAAGGCUGUCUGAAAAGUCAGUACCAGUGGGAAGCAACGAGACACUGUUGAGUGAAGUCAAUGUAACAGUGGGGACAUGGACAUUCAACGGGGACAUCAUUGUGCUCAUUUACCCAGGAGGUUUUAUCCUAAGUAAAACUUGGGAGGGCAGGAUCAGGUUUAGUCCAAGUAUGUCGUCUCUGACUAUAAUGUCCCUUCAGACGAACGAUUCCGGCGAGUACAAAUUAAACCAUGUGGACGUUUUACGUGUUCAGGUGAAGCUGUCAGUCCAAGUUCCUAUUUCAGAUGUAACUCUGUGGGCCAACGCAACCGAUCUGGUGGAAUUUAAUAACUCAGUAGUCCUCAUGUGCUCCGUGUCCAAUGGCUCAUCUCUGAGUUAUGAGUGGUUGAGGGACAACUCCACCAUCACAGCCAGGGGAGACGUCCAGCUCAGCAACGGAAAUGCCACUCUCACCAUAGCUGGAGUGACUCGCCACGAUAAGGGCUCGUACAGGUGUAAUGUGUCUAACGGACUCGGUAGUGAAGUCAGCCCUGCUGUACAUCUCAGCAUCAGCUAUGGUCCCAGUAACACAACGAUGAUGAUCAUGCCCAUGAUGUACAUGCACAAAACAGGAACUAACAUCACACUGUCGUGCUCAACGCAGUCCCAACCUCCAGCAACGGUCCAGUGGAUGGUUGAUGGAGUCAACCUGAACCAAACCAGCUCCACACUCCAGCUGGAGAAUGUUACCCAGAACAACUCUGGAAAUUACAAAUGUGUAUUUCACAACACAGUCACAUCCAGGUUCGCCAUGGCAACUACAGUAGUCAGGAUUAUGGAUCCUAUCACUGCGGUUGUAGUUAACCCUACCGUUGGUCCAGCGAUACUUCAUGAGGCCUUUACUCUCCGCUGCACGGUGACAGGGCCUUUUGAUAACAUUCAGUGGUGGAAGAAUGGCGAGCUCAUUUCUGCUGACAACACAACAGUCUUUGACAUGAACAACAUGACGCUGACUCUUAAUCCAGUCCAGCAUUCUGACGGUGGAAGUUAUCAGUGCUGGGCUUCUAAUCUCGUGAGCAACAUGACCAGCACCUCCUACGAGGUUGAAGUUAACUAUGGACCAGAAAAAAUCGCUAUCAUGGGACCAAAUGUGGUAAAGACAGGAGACAAUGUCACUUUCAGAUGCUCGGUGGCGUCACACCCCCCGAGCAACUUCAAAUGGUCUUUCAAUGGUUCUGUAGUCUCCAACAUGUCUGAGUAUGCCACACCUCCUCUUACCAAAGACAUGAGUGGAAAGUACACCUGCAUGGCCUUCAACAAUGUCACCAACAGAAACAGCUCUGCUGACAUCAUGCUUUCUGUUAUUGAUCCAAUAGAAGACGUACAAAUAGAUGCACAGAUGAAUCCGGUCAUGGAAGGUUAUGCAUAUAAUUUAACAUGCAACGUAACUGGACCUGCUGAUCACGUGUCCUGGAUGAAGGAUGGGGAAUACCUGCAAAUGGACAACAGAACUCUUUUCUACAUGGAUAACAAGACACUCAUGUUCAUGCCACUGAAACGCCACGAUACUGGAAACUACCACUGUAUGGCUAUUAAUGCUGUUGGGAACAUGACCAGCCCUCCUUUCAACCUCCUUGUCAACUAUGGACCGGAAAAUUUGGCUAUCAUGGGACCAACUGCAGUAAAGACAGGAGACAAUGUCACACUCAGAUGCUGGGCAGCUUCAUACCCGCCAAGCUUCUUCAAAUGGUCCUUCAAUGGUUCUGUAGUCUCCAACAUGUCUGAGUAUGCCACACCUCCUCUGACCAAAGACAUGAGCGGGAAGUACACCUGCAUGGCCUUCAACAACGUCACAAACAAAAACAGCACAACCUACAUAAUGCUUUCGGUUGUUGAUCCAAUAGAAGGUGUAAAAAUAGAAGCACAGAUGAAUCCAGCCAUUGAAGGGGAUUCAUAUAAUUUAACAUGCAACGUAACUGGACCUGCUGAUCAUGUGUACUGGAUGAAGGAUGGGGAAUACCUGAAAAUGGACAACAGAACUCUUUUCUACAUGGAUAACAAGACAGUCAUGUUCAUGCCACUGAAUCGUCACCAUGCUGGAAACUACCACUGUAUGGCUAUUAAUGCUGUCGGGAACAUGACCAGUCCUCCUUAUAUGUUCCUUGUCAAUUAUGGACCCGAGAAUGUAUAUAUCAUGGGACCAAACGCAGUAAAGACAGGGGGCAAUGUCACACUCAGCUGCCAUGCGACAUCAGCCCCCCCGAGCCUCUUCCAAUGGUCCUUCAAUGGUUCUGUAGUCUCCAACAUGUCUGAGUAUGCCACACCUCCUCUUACCAAAGACAUGAGCGGGAAGUACACCUGCAUGGCCUUCAACAACGUCACAAACAAAAACAGCACAACCUACAUAAUGCUUUCGGUUGUUGAUCCAAUAGAAGAUGUACAAAUAGAGAUGCAGAUGAAUCCAGCGAUUGAAGGUUAUGCAUAUAAUUUAACAUGCAACGUAACUGGACCUGCUGUUCACGUCUACUGGAUGAAGGAUGGGGAGCACCUGAAAAUGGACAACAGAACUCUUUUCUACAUGAAUAACAAGAGAGUCAUGUUCAUGCCACUGAAACGCCACGAUGCUGGAAACUACCACUGUAUGGCUAUUAAUGCUGUCGGGAACAUGACCAGUCCUGCUUAUAACGUCAUUGUCAAUUUUGGGCCUGAUACACCCAUCAUUGCUGGGCUACGUUAUGCAGAAACAGGGCGGCAUGCAUUCUUCAAUUGCUCCGCCAUGUCAGUGCCGCCCAGUUAUUAUACUUGGUGGUUCAACGGCUCCAAUGUGGCCAACACAUCAAUGUUCACAGCUGGCCCACUGUCGUUAAACAUGAGCGGACAAUACACCUGCAUGGCCCACAAUAAUGUGACAGGAAUGAACAGCACAAACUCCAUAGAGCUCACUGUUGUAGAGGCAAUUGAGUCAGUGAUGAUCCAAAACCGCACAAUGCCCAUAAACAAUGAGAACUUCACUCUCAUUUGUCAUGUUGUUGGACCGUAUGACAUGAUUGACUGGAUGAAGGACAACAUGUCCCUCAAGAUGUCCUCCUCCUCCGGCAGUGGCCAACACAAGUCGUACCACGCUGAGAACAAUAUGCUCCACUUCACUCCAGUGACAAUAGACAACGAUGGGACAUAUCAGUGUGUUGCUACCAAUCUGGCUGCUCGUCAUGAGAGUCAACAGUACACGCUACUCGUCAACUAUGGUCCUCUGAUGGUGACCAUCUCUGGUCCAGAUUUAGAGGACGCCUCUGUGUCGUUUACAUGUUCUGCCGAUUCUCGGCCAGAACCUGACUUCCGCUGGUUCUUUAACAACCUGUCGAUGCCUCUAACCAGUGGAGCCGUUUUCAAGUUCGCUCCAAUCGAAGCGAAAGAGGGGAACUAUAUAUGCAAGGCGACAAACCCAGUGACAAACGUCAUAUCGUACCAAAGUAAAGAAUUUGCCAUCGGAGGUCAUGCUGCUGCAGUCCACUACCCCGCCCAAGGAGGUCUGAUGCUGAUGAGUGUGUUUGCUUUCACUGUUCAUCUGCUGUGAAGGCGCAUCAGCCUUAAAACUUAAAACUUCUUUCCUCAUUUACAAUCUUUGACAAUAAUCUUAUCAUGGAACAGCUGGGAAAACAUUGUAGUCAAUAUUGGUAACGUGAACUUAACAAUGACAGUUAAAAGAACAAAUUAUCUAAUAGCAAAUCAUUGUAGAAUGUACUUUUGGUUGAUGUUUGAUGUAAAAUUAUUUGUUAUUUGUGAUAGUAAUAUUUUAUCAAUGUCAGCACAAGACAUUAAAGCUCAAAGCAUUGGUAGAGUAUACUUGUAUUGUUUUAGAAUGGAAAUCAUGAAUUAAUUAUAUUUUAAUACCUCCAUACUCCUGAGUGAUACAUAUUGCAAUUAUUCACUCUGAACACCAGCACUUUUUCUUUGAUUAUUAUCUUCUGCUUUUUCUUAUUAUUAUUUUUUGCUUGAUAAUACUGAAAUAUAAUUAAGUGCACACAGACUAUUAUACAUGAAUCAGAAGUUUGACUUGUUAAUCAAUAAAAAACACCAUAUAAAUGAUUUUGUGCAGACUUUAU